UUGAUUUCCCAAAGUGGACCGUGUCAGUCAGCGCGUGUACGCGGCGCGUGUGAGUAGUGGGAGUGGUGUGUGUGUGUGUCUGUGUGUGUGUGUGACACUGAUGGAUGCGCCAAUGGAGAGACGGACAGAUGCUGGGGCGGAUCUAACGGAGCAGCAGCAGCUCGCGCUCAGUUCGACACACACUCGGAGCACGAGCCGCGGAGAGCGCGCGGGCACACACGGGACACUCACCGGGUCUGCGCGAGGAUCCGAGCGCCGGAAAACCUCCUCCUCCAAACUUUGCUCUCGUCCGCGAGCCUGGGAGCGGCUCCGCGCCUCCUCACGGCGGCCUCACCUGAGAGAGCUCACCUGCGCGCGGACACGGCUCCUUGUUCUAGUAGGAGCGCAGAGGGAGGCGCUCCUGGGCAGAAGGAGCAAGUCUCAUCGGCAGCCCGAGCCUCCUCCUCCUCCUCAUGCACAUUAUUGCAAACAGGGAGAUCCAAUCAAGCACGCAUCUCAUCGAUUCACGCGCACGCGCACACGGUGAGUGAGGGACUUGUCUUCAGCGGAUUUUUCAAAGCGGACAAACACCUCCUCCUCCUCCGGUCCUCCGGUCCUCUGCUCCGGUGCAGAAGCAGUUUUCUCUGGAUGUUUGUUCCCGCUCUGAAGAAGUGCGCGUGAUCACCGGGAGGCACGCGGCGGAGUCCCAGCCCGCAAACUCGCCUGUUGCAGCUCGGACUCAUCGGCGACUCACGAGGCGGAGCUUCUCCUCCUGCUGCUGCCGGGGCGGCGCGCCGAGGCUCGGCCACGGACCGGGACUCCCGCCGGUCCUCCGUCUCCUCUUUAAAAUCUCCUUUCUGCAGUUUUUGCUCCGCACCUGCCCCCCUCCUCACGCACCCUCCCCGCUCUAUGCGGGAGCCCUGAGAGCAGCGAGGGGGGCACAGUGCCGGAGCUCCGCGGAGCCCCCGGGCAGCCUCGGAUCAGCGCAGACUCAGAGCGACUCUCCGCCGGACCCCAGAGCCGACAUGCCGCGGAGGAAGCAGCAAGCGCCGCGGCGCGCCGCAGCAUACAUCCCUGAAGAUGAGAAGGAAGCAGCUCUGUUGGAUGAAGACCUGGAUGGAGACGACUCAGCCCAGGACGGGGAAGAGCCCGCCGCCAAACUCCUGUGUCCAGACAAGGACUUCCUCCUCAAGGACCGGCCAGGAUCCACCGGCUUCCGUGACUCCCCCAACGCCGCUGACUUCUCUGGUCAGGAGCUGGACAGCGAGUCCCAUCUGAGCGAAACCAGUGACAGAAUGUCUGAUUUUGAAAGCUCCUCACUUAAAAACGAGGACGAGAUCCUCCACUCUAAAGAUCCCUCCAACGCCCUGUCGCCGUCCUCCUCCUCUACCAUGAUGGCUGCCGCCAACGCUGCUGCCACUGUCGCUGGCGAAGAGGCCAUAUUAGCUGCAACAGGCUCUGUCGCUGACAGCCUGGAGAAGAUGAAGGCCAUUUACACCUCUUUUCUGACCAAUUCCUAUUGGUCCACCCUAAACCUGAACCUGAGCCAGUCCCCAGCGGAGAAGCCCCCCCGCAGUCACAGCAGCAGCAGCAGCAGCAGCAGUAGCAGCAGCUGUGGGAGCGGAGGCUACGACUGGCACCAGACAGCCAUGGCUAAAACCCUCCAGCAGGUCUCUCAGAACCACCACAACAGGAUGGCGCUGGUCCAACAUCCUACAGUGGCCGUGAGCGCCCCCUCAACAGAACCCAACCUCUUCAGUACCGUCCAGCUCUACCGGCAGAGCUCCAAGCUCUAUGGCUCCAUAUUCACUGGUGCCAGCAAAUUCCGCUGUAAGGACUGCAGCUCAGCAUACGACACGCUGGUGGAGCUCACGGUGCACAUGAAUGAGACGGGCCACUACCGUGAUGAUAACCACGAGACGGAUGGCGAGGGAGCUAAACGGUGGUCCAAACCCAGGAAACGAUCUUUGCUGGAGAUGGAAGGGAAGGAGGACGCGCAGAAGGUUCUGAAGUGCAUGUACUGUGGACACUCUUUUGAAUCCCUUCAGGACCUGAGUGUCCACAUGAUUAAGACGAAACACUACCAGAAAGUGCCUCUGAAAGAGCCCGUCACACCUGUGGCAGCUAAGAUUAUCUCUUCUGCUCGAAAGAGAGCCCCUCUUGACCUGGACAUCCCCAGCUCGCCAGACUCUAAUGGAGGCGCCACACCGAAGCCCACCUCCCUCGGUGACUCUGGCGAUAUACUCCAAAAGGUGACCAACCCUUACAUCACGCCUAACAACCGCUAUGGACACCAAAAUGGUGCCAGCUACGCCUGGCAGUUUGAAUCCAGGAAGUCGCAGAUCCUCAAAUGCAUGGAGUGCGGCAGCUCUCACGACACGCUGCAGGAGCUCACGGCUCACAUGAUGGUGACAGGACAUUUCAUCAAAGUCACCAACUCUGCGAUUAAGAAAGGCAAACCGAUCAUAGAGGCAUCCGCCCAGGCACUGAGGUCAAACUCAGCAGCUGAAGAGAAGGUGCAGUCGGUCCCCCUGGCUGCUACCACCUUCUCCCCUCCGCCUGCCCCGGUGCCUCCUCCGACCAGCAUCUCCCCCACUCCUAUGGUUGUGGAGAUAAAGAAGGAGGCAAAGGAGGAGGAGUGCACUGCAGAGUCCAUUCUGAACAAUGUUAAUGAUGUGAGCAAGGAGAAGAAGGCCGUAGGUGAGGAAGAGGUUGAAGAAAAGUUUGAUAUAACUUCAAAGUAUAGCUAUCUGACUGAGGAGGAUCUGGAGGAAAGUCCAAAGGGGGGUCUUGAUAUCCUCAAGUCCUUGGAGAACACAGUGACCUCAGCCAUCAACAAGGCCCAGAAUGGAGCUCCCAGCUGGGGAGGAUAUCCCAGCAUCCACGCUGCCUACCAGCUACCAAACAUCAUGAAGCUUUCGCUGGGUACCUCUGGAAAGAGCUCCCCACUGAAAUACAUGUUCCCCGGAGGGGAGAUCCUCUCCCCCACCGCCAAGAACCAGCCGCUGAUCUCACCUCCUAGCUGCCAGACCUCUCCACUACCUAAAAACAACUUCCAUGCUAUGGAGGAACUCGUCAAGAAAGUGACAGAGAAGGUGGCCAAGGUGGAGGAGAAAAUGAGGGAGCCGGCUGCUGUUGUGAGGGCCUCUCCUCUGGGGCGCACCACCCCUUCACCGUGCAACAGUGGGGCAGAGGAGUCAGCCCGAGGAGAGUCCCCCAAAGAAAGCCAACCAGGAGGCUGUAAGACCCCUGAGAAUGCAAGCGCAGAAGAAGAAAAUGGACCCAACCACAGAGAUGCAAACGGGGAUGUCUCUACAAAGGAGUCGGCAGAGAAUGGUGUAGAGUCCGCUGCCCUGACCUCACCCCCGCCCAUCUCUGCGUUUGGCAGCACAGCCAUCAUCACAGAUCACCCGCCUCCAGAGCAGCCGUUUCUGAACCCUCUGAGUGCGCUGCAGUCCGUCAUGAAUGUCCACCUAGGGAAGGCCGCCAAGCCGGCCCUGCCCUCCUUGGACCCAAUGAGCAUGCUGUUCAAGAUGAGCAACAGCCUGGCUGAGAAAGCAGCGGUGGCCGCUUCUACACCACCAGCACAGACCAAAAAGACCGGUAGCGAGCACCUCGAGCGAUAUUUCUACCAGCAGCAUCUGAACAAUGACCAACCCAUAGACCUUACCAAAGGAAAAAAUGCAGACAAAAGCAACAGCUCUUUGGGGUCGACAUCUCUCUCCUCCCCCACUUCCACCCCAUCCUCGGUGUCUCCCUCCUCCACCGUCAGCAUGACCAAAGCCUCAGCUGCAGUAGCUUCCUUCAUGUCCACAUCACCUCUGAGAGAAAACGCCCUCUCAGAUAUCUCAGACAUGCUGAGGAACCUGACAGAAAGCCAGGCUGUGUCCAAGUCCUCCACGCCCACCAGCCAGUCCGAGCGCUCUGACGUCGACGGCGUCACGCAGGAAGAGACCGAAGAUGUUUCGCCUGCCCAGAAGCGUAAAGGCCGCCAGUCCAACUGGAACCCUCAGCAUCUCCUCAUCCUACAGGCCCAGUUUGCUUCCAGUCUCAGACAAACAAAUGACGGCAAGUACAUGAUGUCGGACCUAAGCCCACAGGAAAGAAUGCAUAUCUCCCGCUUUACGGGUCUCUCCAUGACAACCAUAUCCCACUGGCUGGCAAAUGUCAAGUACCAGCUGAGGAGAACCGGUGGCACAAAGUUCUUGAAGAAUCUGGAUUCUGGUCACCCUGUGUUUUUCUGCAACGACUGCGCCUCUCAGAUUCGCUCGCCGUCCACCUACGUCAGCCACCUGGAAUCCCACCUGGGCUUUCGCCUGCGAGACCUAGCGAAGCUUUCUGGGGAGCAGCUGCUCAGCCAGAUCUCCCAGCAACACCACCACCAACGUCAUACCAAAGGACUGUCUGAGAAACUGUUCUCCAACCUCCACCCGUCCAGCCACCCUUUGCCGUCCUCACUCCCCACGUCCAUCCCGUCCUCCUUACCCAUCUCCCUGUCCUCAUCCUUAACCACGUCUCUGCCCUGUACCGAAUCGCCGUUGCCCUCUCCCGAGGACGACGACAGCGGCGCCCUUUAUCAGUGCAAGCUGUGCAAUCGGACAUUUGCGAGCAAGCACGCGGUCAAGCUUCACCUGAGUAAGACUCACGGGAAGUCCCCAGAGGAUCACCUCAUGUACGUGUGCGAGCUGGACAAACAGUAGCACCAGCUUGCUCGCCGUCUCUGACAGACGAGAAACGAUGACGAAGGACGCCUGAAGCGUUGGGACUGCACAAAGAUGCCAUGCAACUACUGCUCUGAGUUUCGGCACAUGGUUUUACAUUUUGUGUUGUAGAAGUUUUUUAAUUUUAUUAUGUAUGAUGUAGACUGACUUUUCACGCAGACGUUCUUUUUUUUUAAGGGCGGGGGUUGGGUGGGGGCUGAUGGGGUGGUAUAUGAAGUUAAAAAAAAAGAGCUCUAAAACGAAGUGUUUGUAUUUUGAGAUUUGUGUAAAUGGAAUUUUGUUGUUUUUAUAUUUUGGCAUCACUGAGGUGUGAUAAGCUGCAUGCAUAAAGAAACAAAGUUUAGUUGAGCCUUCUGGAGCUAAACCUGGUGCACUUUUCAUGGUUUAUUUUCUCUUUUCACUCCUGACUGCUCUGUCUUCUGUUUCAUUGUUUUUGGUGCUGAGGCAGCAUUUAAAAUUUAACCCUCUGAGUACGUCAAAGCAUUUCUGCACCGGACAUCCAAACACUGUCGACUUGAGAUUAGAGAUUGGAAAUUUAUCGAGGCCCUCGUGAAAAUUAGACACGCGUCAUGUCCCAAGCGGAGAAAAUGUCAAGUCAAGCAGAUCCUCUGCCCGAUGCGGGAUCCUCGUUUCACAGGAUGUGACGCAAAUAUCGCAGCUUUGUGAAUAAUAAUAAAAAAAAGAUUUACUUUCAUUGAUCAGGGGCCUCUAUUAAUUCAGGUCUGUGUAAAAUAUGUACAUAAGACAUAUGACUUAUCCUGUCUAAAUUAUGCAUCGUUUCUAUAUUUUUAAUUUAAAAGACUAUGACUAUCUGCUGGUGCACAGUAUAUGAAGACAUAAAUAAAUUGUUUUGCACAAUAGUUUUAUAAAUGUGUUAUUUAAUCAAAGGAUACAGAAACAAAGGGAGAAAGCAAACGAAGGACAACAGGUGAAUCUUUUUAUUCCCGACUCGUGCUCAAAGGGUUAAAGACUCUUUUUAUCCGACACGUGAACGAACAGUGAGAAGAUAUUUGAGGCUGUACAAAAAGAUGUUCCUUUAUGAAGAUGUUUCACAUGUAAACUGUUAUUUAUAAGCACUCUGGGUUGUUUCAUAUCGCUGAAAGGCUUUUCUUUUUUCCUUUUUUUUCUCUGUCUAAUUAGUCGGCCAUGAUUCCUCUGCAGCGUUAUCUUUUUGGGAUAUGAAAGGUAACCAUGGCUACACUAACCUCCUGAGUGACAGGUUUGGCUGCAUUUUUGGCAGUUAAUUUGCUGAAGUAACUGACAGCUGCCAGAGUGGAGAGAGAAGAAGAAAAAAUCCUUAUGUGUAAAAUAUGGGCAUGUAAACAGCACAGACACCGUUAUGCAUUCUGUGCCGGUCGUCUUUUCACUUCCUUCUGUUGUUUUUUGUUGUUGUUGUUCUUGACAAUGAACCCCAUUAUAUGACUUCAUAUAACCUUGUUUUCUACUGCAGCAUUAAAAAAGGAAACUGUUUGCAAUAAUGCCUGUGUGUGUGUGC